AACCUUAAUCCUGAGUUAAAGUGGCAUGCGUCGAAGUUUUUAUCGUUUCUAAUUUGUACAUAUUUUAGUUUCAAACCUAAACUUACGUAUAGUUAACAGGUUUUAAAAAUGUCUCAUACGCGUUUAUUUGUGGGUAAUCUUCCGGAUAAAACUAGUAACGAAGUUUUACGGGAAGCAUUCUCAGUUUACGGAGAUGUUACUAACUUAGAAAUUAAAAGCAAAUCUGGUAGUAGUGACGAAAAAAAAUUUGCUUUCGUUACAUUAUCUGGCAGUAAUUAUGAUAUAGAAUCCUGUAUCAAACAUUUUACAAAUGAAAAUUUUAAUGGCAAUAAAUUGUAUGUAACUAGAGCUAGAGAGAGUUUCUUGGAGAGACUUCAACGAGAAAGGAAUGAAGCUCAACAAAAAGAAACUACCAAGAAAGAUAACCAUGAAUUUCUUCCUGAAAAAACCCCCAUUUUAAAAUUAAGCAAUAAAUUAAAUCCUCGAAAACGAGUGAAUGAUGACAAAGCAAUAAUUGACACAAAUCAACUACCAUUAAAGAAACCAUUUGUUUUUGAGAAAAGUCAAUAUUCAGAAUUACCUGCUGUCAGCGCAGGUGAUCCUGUUGACCAAGAAAAAGAUAAAAAGAAGCAAGAUUCUGACAAAAAGAGAAUGGAGUCCAUGAAAAAGAAGCGACAAGAGUUCAAACAGAAACAAAUGAUUAUAAAAACUGGUUUGAUUGGGAUAGACAAAGUUCAGAACAAAAAAAUUGUCUUCUCUGAUGCAGAGGAUGAUGAUGUGGAACAAAAUAUUACUACAGAUGUCAAUAUAUAUAACAAGAAAAGCACUUUAUUUGAUGAUGAUGAUGAUGGUGAUGGUGAACUUAACUUUGAAAUCAAAAAGCAAUAUGAAGGCAAACAGGGCCAAAAGGUUUUAGAUUUACAAUCAAGAUACAAAUCUGAUAAACGUUUCAUCUUAGAUGAGAGAUUUGUGGAUGAAGACAAGUCGGAAGAAGGCAGUUAUCAGCCAAAGCCACAGUGUACAGAGGAAGAGGUUGAAGAAGUUGUGCUGAGCCAAACUGAUGAAAAAAUAAAACAACUCAACAUUUUGCAAGAUGUUCUUGGUGUGGCUAUCAAAUCUCACAUCACACAGCCAAUUGAAGCUAAGGACAAAAAGAAAGCAAAACUAGGAAUGCUUCGUUUUGAUCCUUCACAACCAGAUCAUGCAAAAUUCUUAGCACCGAAAGAAGAAACAAAUCAGGAAACCUUGAGAAAGGUGAAAAAGAAAAAGUUAAAAGAAUCACUGGAAGAAAAACCAGCUCAACAGGAACAAGAGACAAAUAAGGUUGAGGUUUCCAAAGAGCAAUUUUAUAAAGUGAGUGAUUCACUGAAAGAGGCGAUUGCACAACCCACAACAUUUAGUCUCAGAAGUUUAUUUGGUACAAGUCAACCUGAUGAAAAAGAUAAUCCUGAGCAGGAUUCAAGUUUUAUAACAUUAGAAUCAAAAAAAGAAAAAAAAGUUAAAAAUCCAUUAGAUCCUGGUGAAAGGAACCCAUUUGUUUACGACUCAUCCGAGUCUGAUGAUGAAGCAGAAAGUAAAGAAACAAAACCACAGGCAACAGUGCCAACUACAGAGCCCAAAUCUGUUUGGAAAGAAAAUUUAUUUUUCUCAGAUAUUGAUAAUAGACUGAAGGAGGGUUUAGACUUCUUUAGUAGGCCACUGGAAAGUCAAGUAACCAAAGAAAGGAGAGAGUUGAAAUCUGUUAUGAAAAAACGUCUCUACAACAAGGAGAGAAAGAAUCAGAUGUUCCAAAAGAAAAUUGGUGGGCGGAAGAAAACUAUGAAAAAGACCUACAGGAAAAAAAGCUGAUUGUGAACUGAAAGAAGAACUGUUCUUAAAAUAGAAUCAAUUAAAAAACAAUUUACAAA